AUGUUACUCUUAUAUGUACUAUGGAUGUGCUUAUUGUCUACUGUCACUGGGUUCUCAAUCAGCAAUGAAACGAGAAUCAUCGAUUUGCCGUUGCCACAACUGAACACAGUUGAAGAACCAGCGGAUUCACCGACAACUCGCAGUUUUGCCAGCGGCACUGUCAGUACCAACAUUCUGACGCUGUUCAAAUACAAUGGUAGUCAAAUCUAUGUAUAUGGUUCUGUAUCAAAUGAAGGCGAGACGCCACAGAAAUGGAUCUUUUACUACGUACCAGUGAUGGCACCUUUACAAAGUGCACCAAAUGAUCCAUGGGUUUGGUUCGUAAAGAGUGAAGUACGUAUUAAAUUGCUAUUAGGCGAUGAUACAGUCGAAGAGAUGGCACGAAAAGCUAUAGCUAAGAAGUUUGAUACGAAAACUGCUGAAUAUUCGAAAUAUUGGGAUAUUGCACCGUUGAUGAUCGAUUCGUUGACAGCUUACAUUGUACAGGGAAGUAGUUCACCAAUUGCUGGCAUCGAACCAUUCCGCGCCGUUCACCCGAACUCACUCACCAUGAUCUUUCGCUUUAAAUGCUCAACAGAAGAGAAUGCCCGAGAAAUUGCCAAGAUGAUUCAAGCCGGCGAGUAUGAAAUUGAAGUUGCCUUCUACUUUGCUGGCUUUCAUCAAACAUCGACUAGUUUUGUAUCGAUUACUGGUGAUCAACUGAAGGCGGCUGCAAGUAAAACNAAACACGUUUGA